AAAAUCCAUACAUGUAUGGAAAUAUUUGUCAUACAAACCAUACAUUCCAGACAUAAAAAUCCAUAAGAUUGCUAUAUUCCCCAGGAAUUGCUGCCCGUCUAUGAAACAAAAUACUCCUAAGAUUGAUACUUCGUCGAAAUUUAUGGAAUUACUGAUGUCCAUCUCGCAUGCAAGUGAUUCAGUCUUUUGGCUAGAAAACCCUGAUGGUGUUUUAUCGAAUAGACAAGAAGCGACGGAAAAAAUAAAUAAACAUUGCGGAAAUAAUUCCAAUAUAUACU